GGGGAAAGGCCGCGGAAGGCCGAUUCAGAACCACUCGAACGAACCAUCACAAAACAGUUGCUCGUCGACGCUCGUGUGAACGAUCCAAACCUAGCAAUCGGUGACUUGUCGGUUAAUGUGGUGAAAGUGUCCAGUGACAUUUGUCUAUUUCGAAAAUGGUCCGUAGCCUGUCGCAAUGGACGAAAACCCUCAGUUUCCCGGCCAGGAUUAGUCCGAAUAAGAGCUCAAAAGAGAGCGUCAACAUCCAUCAAGUCAGUCCGACGAUCUCGCCGACUUUGUCAAGUACUUCAUUGGCGAAAAACAACGAAAUCAACGCAGUUAUGAAUAACAAUAAUAAUCAUGCUUCUUUGAGCGAAGUCAACCAAAUAUACUCUGAUCCAGAAUCAGAAAAGGCUAUUAUGAGUUCAGUUGUCUACUGCAUUCACCACAAGGAAGGAUGCAAAUGGUCAGAUGAAUUGAGAAAGCUGAAGGGUCACCUCAAUACCUGCAAACACGACGCCAUCCCUUGUACAAGUAAGUGUGGUGCACAAAUCCCCAGGGUGUUGAUGGAAGAUCACCUUAAGUACACAUGUCCACAGAGAAGGACCAGAUGCGAGUUUUGUAAUAAGGAGUUCACAGGGCAUUCUUUGGAGAAUCACCUAGGUAACUGCGGUCACGAGCCUCUGUACUGCGAGAACAAAUGCGGAGUUAAAGUAGCACGAAGACACUUAAGUCACCACAAAGCGACCGAUUGCGUCAAAAGGCUGAUUGGCUGCAGAUAUUGUGGUGGAGAAUUCGUAGCAGACACGUUGCCCGCACAUCAUGCCAAAUGCGGAAGAGUUCCGGUACACUGCCCCAAAUGUGAUAUAAGCAUAAUAGCAAGAGAAGAACUUGAGACACAUUUGAAGGACGAGUGCACAGUUUCAGUACACAGUUGUAGCUUCAAAGAGGCAGGUUGCAGGUUUAAAGGACCAAGGUUCGCUUUAGAAAAGCACUUAGACGAGAGCAGUCAACAACACCUGUCCCUGAUGUGUGGCGUAGUCUCCAAACAGCAACACCAAAUUGCCUCCUUAAAAAGCGCCCUCUCUCGGCUAUCGCUGAACUACUCCGGCACGCUUAUUUGGAAAAUCAGCGAUUUUGCUGCCAAAAUGGCCGAGGCGAAGAGCAAGGAGGGCAUGGAGUUGGUCUCGCCGCCGUUUUAUACUAGUCAAUAUGGAUACAAGCUACAAGCCUCCCUAUUCCCGAAUGGUAACGGUGCAGGCGAGGACACGCACAUCUCAGUCUACAUCAAAAUCCUCCCAGGCGAAUACGAUGCCCUUCUGCGAUGGCCCUUCGCACAUUCAGUCUCUUUCACACUUUUCGAUCAAUCAACCUGCCCCGAGAAAGCUUGCAACAUCGUGGAAAGUUUCAUACCGGACCCAACGUGGAAGAAUUUCCAAAGACCCAGUAGGGAACCGGACUCUUUAGGGUUCGGGUUCCCUAAGUUUGUCUCGCACGAGAUGUUGAAGAAGAGGCAUUUUAUGAAAGAUGAUACCAUGUUUAUUAGGGUUAAAGUUGAUCCGAGUAAAAUUGUUGCAGUUUGAGGGAAUAGAGAGAUCAGUGAGGUAGUUGGAUGUAUAAGGAUUGAUGUGUGGAACCAGUUGGUACAAAUUAUUUCCAACCAAAAUCAAACCCCUAUUUUAUUAUUGAUUUGAGGAGACAUGAAAUGUUGCUCCUGUGUAAUGUUAAGCAUCAUUUACUUCAUAAAUUGCAGUUAAGAAUUAUUAAAAAAGUUAUUACUGAAAACCUUAGGUGUCCCUGAUUCGAAGAAUAGGUGCCAACACCGGAUCGUAAAAAUUGUCAACCAUUAAUUACGAUUGCAUUCUUAAGUAGAAUUCAUCGUGAUUCUACAUAUCACUAUCCUACUCUUAAAAUUCCAACUACUCUACUGAACAGUUAGUUUGAUCUCAUGUUUUGUAAAUAAAUGUAAAAAUAUGUAUAUUUUUUCAAGGAAUGAUAUUUUGAGUUCCAUAGUCAAAGAUGUAGUACCUACUAUUCCACCAUGGUUUUAUGCCAAAGAUGCGGACUACAUGCUUAUUUGUAUCAGACAUUAGAACGUCUAACCAAGUAUUCUGAACUGUACACUACAUUUGUUUGAUUUGACUUGAAGCUAACGUAGCACUGUAAGGUACAUUAUCUCAUGUAACUUGGCAACCUGUAACACUCAUCAUAGUCUACUUUUUAAAAGUUAUAUGGUCACUUUGCCCACUAAAGCUACAAGUAAAACUGGUGAAACCACUUAUUAAAAAUGCAACACUUUUAAAAUGACCACAAAUUAGACAAGUUUGACAGCAAUCUUGCUCAUGAUGACUGACUUAAAGUACUUGAAACCACACUAACAUUCGCUCAUAGUCUCCUAAAGUUGACCCUACAGCUCAAGAAGUAGACUUUUAUCAAUACUUACAUACGUAUUUUAGUUUGUUUUACAUAUAUUCAGACAGCAUCUUUUGUAUAUUGCGAAAUAUAUCUAAAAACUGAUAUUUUUCUAUGUAAUGGUUAGGUUUCUCAGGAAAUUUGUAAAAAGUGUUCUGCCAAAAUUUUACUAGAACGAAUGUUUACGUUUCGUGUUUUUAUAUUUUUGUGAUAGCUGGAAAACACCAAAGGUUUGUUUAUAGAUAAAAAUACCCCCUGUAUAUAGUUUAUACAUGUGUGGCGAGAUGUUAGUCUAUAUAACUUAGUCAUAUUUUAAGGUCUGUUUUCUUUUUUGGUUCUGUACUGAAUGGGAGUUCAGUGGAAAUAAAGACUACCUUUAACAUAA